AUGCCGACAUGGCUUUUGUGUGUGCUGUUAGUGCUGUUGCUCAGUGUGACCGGUACACGCACCCUUCAGAAGGCCAUUAAAGCGCGCCAAAAAGAGCGUUGGCAAUGCGGUGUCUCGCCCGAGGCGACAACUCUCCUCGGUAUCGCUUCAUCCUCCGCCGACACUUUAAAAGCCCACAGAGAAGCCGAUUUAAAGGUUGUAUCCCGUGCAAACAUUCCAUGGCGUAAGCUAGCAACGCUUGCAAGUCUGUUCGUGGUUGUCGCCGGGAUGAGGGUCCUCCGAGGAGGAAAGAACUUUGACAGUCCGGUUGGCAUCGAUUCGUCAUCAACUCUUUAUCCAGUGCUCCAGCAAAGCGGCGGAUACGAGCUCGAAGCGCACGAAAUUAAGUGGACGCCGUCGUCAAUCCGAUAUUUUCCCAUGUGCUCGCUCGCGGCUGGAGCGGUCUCCGGCAUGUUCGGUAUCGGCGGAGGUAUAAUCAACGGUCCGCUUCUGCUUGAGGUCGGAGUCGACCCCUCAGCCGCUUCGGCUAUGACCGCCACCACCGUGCUUUUCUCGAGCGGAAUGUCGUCGCUCAACUACGCAGCGAUGGGAAAGAUGGAUCUGCAUCUGGCACAACUCAUGCUGCCGAUGGGCCUUGUUACCACGUACAUUGGUCAUUUAUGUCUGCUCAAGCUCGUGCGUCACUAUAAUUGCCCGUCGAUGAUUAUCUUUUCCAUGGCCACGAUUGUCCUCAUUAGCGCCGUCGCCAUGAGUGUUCAAAGUGUACGAGCGUUGCUCGCGUAA